CAUCGACGACCAGGCCGACAACAAUGGCCAAAGCCAAAGCAGCCCCUCCGCCCUCAAGCGGCGGCAAGUCCGCCAAGAAGAAGAAGUGGUCGAAGGGAAAGGUCAAGGACAAGGCCCAGCACGCCGUCAUGAUUGACAAGCCCACCUACGACCGUAUUAUGAAGGAGGUCCCCACUUUCCGUUUCAUCAGCCAAUCUAUCCUCAUCGAGAGGCUGAAGAUCGGUGGCUCUCUUGCCCGCGUCGCAAUCAGGCAUUUGGAGAAGGAGGGGCAGAUCAAGGCAAUCGUGCACCACCACGGGCAGCUCAUCUACACCCGCUCAACAACGAGCUCGGAUUAGAUGAUUGCUCUUGUAUUGGUCUUGUUCGAUAUGUUCCUCUUUUUCUAUGCAUGAACCCAUGUACUCGCACCCACACACCAAAAAUACGCUAUGCUUGCAUCAGAAACAUCCAACUCCGAGUGUCUCUUCCGAAAACUUUUCGCUGCUCUAGUGCUCUCGAUACCGCCAGUAUCCAUCAGCUCAAAUUCUCAGGAUCUACCGAUUAUCUCGUUAUUCAGGUGCGAGAAGUACACAGU